UUUUUUCACAUAUUCAUUUGUUGUGCAGUGCUGGGAAUUGAACCCAGGGCCUUGUGCAUGCAGGCAGGCACUCCACCAUCAGCCCAUAGUGUGGGUCCUUAUGGAUGAACAGAGUGUGAGGCUCUGCCUGUCUUGUCUGUGCAGUGUCUGGGUCUGAAUGAAUCUGUGGGAUCAUCUGAGGCAGAGGGAGAGACACAGUGAGAGAGAGAGAGAGAGAGAGAGAGUGUGUGUGUGUGUGUGUGUAGCUGUCUGGUUGUGUUUCUGUUCCUGUGGUUUUUCUUCUUGAUGAGCUGGGCUUCCUGGAAUGUCCAAGUCACUGGAAAUGGGUGCCAACAUUAGGCUCCCCGCCUUUGAGUUCCCGCCUGCCACACCCCCAGCAGGGAGGAGGUGGGCCCAGGCUUUGCUGGGGGCUGAGCCAGGGCUUUGGCUUUGUCCUGGGCUGUCCUUUUCCUGUAGUGAUGAAGAUGCUGGAAAUCGAGCUCCAUGGUCACAGUGCAUGAGAGAGUAGACAGACCAAGCCUUUUGCUGUGGGAGGGGCAGGUGGCCUGGUUGGCAGUCCUGGCCGACUGCCCACUGGUCCUUUCCUCUCCUGUCUGUUUCCUGCUGUCUGCCUGGGUUCCACUGGCCAAAAGCCCAGGGGGCAGGAUGGUGGGGAUGAGGAGUGUCCAAGGGGUCAGGAUUAGCCAGAUGUCUGCAUCUGGCUUGUGAGUUUUUUUUGUUGCUGUUGUUUUGAGACAGGGUCUCACUAUGUAGCCCAGGCCGACCUCAAAGUCAAGGUGAUCCUCCUUCCUCAGUCUCCUGAGUGCUGGGAUUACAAGAAUACGUGACCACGCCUGGCUCAGGCUUGCGACUUGGCCCUGGACUAUGGGAUCUGCAGCUCGAGGCUGCUGCAACAGAGACCAGGGACAUCAGGGGGCACCUGGAAUAAAAAGAGGUUGGGACCAGGCACCCCAGCUCCUGCUAGCUCAGGCCCUCUCUGCCCAACCUGGCCAGCCCUGGAUGUCUCUCCUCCACCCUCUGGGAGACACUGAGAACACAAGAGAGCCUGCAGGGAUGGUGGCGCAACAAGGGAGGAUGGAGACACAGCAGAGGUCCCCGGAGGAGGGGCUGCUCACUAAUAGAAACCAGUUAGAAAAACAGGAGGAGUGGCCAGGCAGGGCCAGGCGGUUUUGAGGAUGGCUGGGUGGGGCCUGUUUUUCCAAAAUGAAGGCCCAGGGAAGAGCAGGGCUGGAGCCAAGCUCAGUACAAUUCCAGUUUAGGAAGGGGCUCAUCCAGGCCUGGGGGGCUUCUUUGUACUUAUAGCUGGUCCUCCCUGUGUCCCAAAGCUCCCUCCCUAUGCAGCAGUGGGUGGAGGUGGGAGACUUAUCCAAGGACCUGGGGACAGGGUAGGGUUCAAGGAUGCGACCCCUGGGCCCCAGAGACUGGGUGGUGUGGUUUUUUGUGGCUGUUUGAUUUUCCCUUUUUCUCUUUGUCUUGAGGUCUGCCUAAUGAGCAGGAGUGGGUUUGGUGCACAGUGCUUGGUGUGUUAUUUUGAGUUUGUUUAUGUGUCUUUGUAAGUUUUCCCAGAGCUUUUAAAUCUGUGCCUCCUGUGGGAAGGAGGAUCCCCUCCUUGUCUCCCCAGGAUCUCCCAGGAGCUUCAGGGACACGAGGCCGGGCCCCAGCAGGUGGGUGCCCUGUUGGCCUCACCCUAGGGUCCUUGGCUGCUGCUCUGGGUCCUAGAGACCACCUGUCAGCAGUGCUCAUCCUUUUCCUAAGUGAGCCCACUUCCCAGUCUAACAGGGAGGGAAUAGGGUGAGCAGGCAGAAAGCAGCUGGGCUCCUGCAGGCCUUGGGGAGCAGGGUGCCUUUAAGAGGUUGCCAGAGUGGGGGGGCAUGGGGCACUCAUCCCAGCAGGACAGGAGGGUCUCAGAUGGCACUGACACCCACAUGGCCCUAGGGUCCUCACCCUUAGGCUGCCCUGUCCCUCCCAGGACUGGGGCCUGGUUGGGGGACUGAAAAGCUUGGCUAGCCUGGGCCUCAGAUGCUCCGGGGCCUGCCCCUCCCCACCAGACAGCUGGGACUGGGAGGCCAGGAGUGGGCGGGCAUAGACUGGCCCAGGACUGUGAUGUCACAGCGGUGCCGGAGGGGGAGGGGGUCGGCUGUUUUUCUGGAGUUAGAGUCAGAGCUAGACAAAGCAAGGGGCCAGAGACAGACGCCAUGGAGCUGUGGUCCCAAGUCCUGCUGUGGGAACUUGUGCUGCUACAGAGCUCCACUGUCCUUCUCUUCUCAGGGCCCUGGGGGCCUGCGACCAGCGACAGCUCAGUGGUGUCCGAGUCUGCAGUGACCUGGGAGGUGGGCAGCCAGGCGGUACUGCGCUGCCAGAGCCCCCGCAUGGUGUGGACGCAGGACCGACUGCAUGACCGCCAGCGCGUGGUGCACUGGGACCUAGGCGGCGGGCCGGGCCCCGCUGCCCCGCCCCGCCCCGGCCCCGCCCCGCCCCGCGCCCUCUAA